CCGCUUUCGGCGCUGCUCUGGGCCUCGGUCGCUCGCACCAGGCGCCGUUGGGACCUUUCCCGGGGGUGGGGGGCGGAGACGCACGCAGCGGCCGGGGGCUCGGCCGGGCCGUCCCGGCCUGCGCAGCCUGAGAUUCUCUUUGUGGCCAGAUGGGUUUGUAUGGACAGGCUUGUCCAUCUGUAACUUCAUUAAGGAUGACAUCUGAACUGGAGAGCAGCCUAACAUCUAUGGACUGGUUACCACAGCUCACCAUGAGAGCAGCCAUCCAAAAAUCUGAUGCUACACAAAAUGCACAUGGGACAGGAAUUUCCAAGAAGAAUGCACUCCUUGACCCAAAUACAACCCUGGACCAGGAAGAAGUCCAACAGCACAAAGAUGGGAAACCUCCAUACAGUUAUGCCAGCCUCAUUACGUUUGCAAUUAAUAGCUCACCCAAAAAGAAAAUGACUCUAAGUGAGAUUUACCAGUGGAUUUGUGAUAACUUCCCAUAUUAUAGAGAGGCUGGCAGUGGUUGGAAGAAUUCCAUACGACAUAAUCUGUCGCUGAACAAAUGUUUCCUUAAAGUGCCUCGAUCCAAGGAUGACCCUGGAAAGGGAUCCUAUUGGGCAAUAGACACCAACCCGAAGGAAGAUGCGCUGCCUACUCGGCCAAAGAAGAGAGCACGAUCUGUAGAACGGGCCUCAACUCCAUAUAGCAUAGAUUCAGAUUCUUUGGGAAUGGAGUGUAUUAUUUCGGGAAGUGCCUCUCCAACUCUGGCAAUCAACACUGUGACUAACAAAGUAACAUUGUACAACACUGAUCAGGAUGGUAGUGAUAGCCCACGCAGUAGCCUUAACAACAGUCUCUCAGACCAGAGUUUGGCAUCUGUUAAUUUGAACAGUGUUGGAAGUGUGCAUAGUUAUACACCAGUGACAAACCAUCCAGAACCAGUCUCUCAGUCAUUAACUCCUCAACAGCAGCCACAGUACAACCUUCCAGAACGAGACAAACAACUACUUUUCUCAGAAUAUAAUUUUGAAGAUCUCAGUGCCUCAUUUCGGAGCCUUUAUAAGUCAGUUUUUGAGCAGUCACUUAGUCAACAAGGUUUGAUGAACAUCCCUUCUGAAUCUUCCCAGCAGUCCCACACUUCGUGUUCCUAUCAGCACUCUCCUAGCAGUACAGUGAGCUCUCACCCACACAGCAACCAAAGCAGCCUGUCCAACAGUCAUGGCGGUGGCCUCAAUACCACGGGCAGUAAUUCGUCAGUUGCGCAAGUCUCGCUGUCCCACCCCCAGAUGCACACACAGCCAUCUCCACAUCCGCCCCAUCGACCGCAUGGUUUACCACAGCAUCCGCAGCGUCCCCAGCACCCAGCACCGCACCCGCAGCAACACAGUCAGCUCCAGUCCCCUCACCCCCAGCAUCCCUCUCCACAUCAACACAUACAGCACCAUCCGAACCAUCAGCAUCAGACGUUAGCACAUCAGGCACCCCCACCCCCACAACAGGUAUCCUGUAAUUCUGGUGUUUCAAAUGAUUGGUAUGCGACACUUGAUAUGCUAAAAGAAAGCUGUCGAAUUGCCAGCAGUGUUAAUUGGUCAGAUGUAGACCUUUCACAGUUCCAAGGUUUGAUGGAGAGUAUGAGACAGGCAGAUCUCAAGAACUGGUCUUUAGAUCAGGUUCAAUUUGCUGAUCUCUGUUCUUCUCUUAAUCAGUUCUUUACACAAACUGGCCUUAUCCACUCACAGAGUAAUGUUCAGCAGAAUGUCUGUCAUGGUGCCAUGCAUCCAACAAAACCUUCCCAACACAUUGGAACAGGAAAUUUGUACAUAGACUCCAGGCAAAAUCUCCCUCCUUCAGUGAUGCCGCCCCCUGGUUAUCCUCAUAUCCCACAGGCACUCAGCACUCCAGGAACAACUAUUGCAGGCCAUCACGGAGCCAUGAACCAGCAGCACAUGAUGCCUUCCCAAGCCUUCCAGAUGCGGCGCUCUCUGCCUCCAGAUGACAUCCAGGAUGACUUUGAUUGGGAUUCAAUUGUGUAGAACUUGUUUCUGCAAGGCAUCAGACCUGGCGUCCCCUUUCUGUGCAAUGAAGGGAAAGGUUUAAGAGAAUCCAGUUGAGAAAACAAAGUUGCUAAUCACUUUACCAAUGUUACCGAAAUUUCUUUUGAAGACAAUCAGAAAGAUUUUAGCUGGAUAACUUACUGCUUUUAUCUGACCCAAACAAGUACUACAUGUUUGUCUCCCUGCCAGCUGCCCUAUGUAGCUCCUAACUGUUGUGUGAUUUGAACGGCUUUUGCAUAUUUGUGUCAGUUUGAUGUUGACCACAAGUGCCAGACUGAUUUUUCAGACAGAGCCUAUUUUGCUGCAAGCAGUUUAUAGAUACAUAUGUGUAAAUAUAUGUACAAAAAUUACUGAAAGGCUUCGAUGUUUUUCUAAUUGGAUUAUUAUGCCUUGAAAAGAAAGUUACUGUGAGUUUUUAUUCCUUGUUAGGCUAUUUUCUGCAGGAUGCUUUUAACUGAUGUGGGCAACUGAAAGGAAAUAGAUUUUUUCAAAGUCCAGUUCCCCUUAUUUAAUCUUUUUCAGAAAUGUGGGUGUUGAUUUCCACUCAGUAAGUCAAAGAACCCAGAGUUUGAUAGCCUCCAAACAGUCCAAAGGGGCAUGUUGUUCCUGAGCAGCAUAAAGAACUGACCAAAUUUGUCUUGAUGCUUAGGGGAUUAUAGAGUUUAUGUUGUACCUUGUCCAUCUCUGUUUUCCUAAAUCUGCAUUAUAACAGUUCUAAGAUUUAUUUGAUCAAUUAGAAGCUGGGCAUUGCUUGGCUCUUUAAUCAAAUCAAUGCCUCCAUAUUCACUUAUGUAUUUAUUAUUCAAAAGUGUUAUUUUAAUAUUUAUUGAUACCUUCUGUGAAUGCUCAGCUCCUGUUGGGUUCACUAAUGAGAAAUGUGUCUGAAAGCACAGAAUUAUUUUUCUUGGUAAGAGUUUACAGAUAAGACAAUCAGAGAGAGAUUGUGUCACCUCUUUAUCAUCACUCCUUUUACCAUGUGAGUAUAUUUCUCUAUCUUAGCAUUCCUGUUGAUAGCUAAAUAGGAUUUUUCUGAAAUUUGAAUCGGAGUUCAUUUGGGCAACAGAACAGCAGGGCAGUUUAUAAAGCAAGAUCCCGCACUUACUCUCUUUCCAUUUAGGAAACACUGAAAGGAGGAUAGAGCCACACACAGGUUUUAUUUGCCUCAGUCUUCAGUGCAAUUAUUAUUAUGUAGCCUACUGUUUCUGUUGUCCUGUGGGCAUGACAUUUGGUUACUUUCUUUGAAAUGUGGCCUGCCUCGUAGGGAUUUUUAUUAGUUGUUUUUUAGAUUAUUUCAUGUCAUAUCACAGUUACUUUGCAUGGAUUCAUUGUCUUAGUUUUAUAAUAAAACUAAAAUGAGUUUUUUUUUAAUGAAUAGAUUUUGAAUUGGUUCUUUAGACCAAAAAAGCGGGAUUUCUUUCAGUUCUAAUGGGGAAAUGAUACGUUCUAUCAAAUCAAGGAGUAGUAACUGCUCACAGGUUGCUUUUUAGCUUCUCUGGUCUGUGUCAGCUGUGCUUAAAUCCUUUAAUUAGCUAGCCUUAGUGAUUCUGUGGUUGAGUAACCUCUACUUGAACUAAACACACAUUUUUGUUUCUGUAUGUAUGUAUGUAUGUGAGAGUGUUUGUGAACGGGUGUGGGUAUCAUUUUUAAUGGAGUGUUGCCUUGAAGGAAUCACUGGGAAGCCAGCCACGGUGAAGGCUGGUGAGGCUGGGGAGAAAGGAAGGGCUCUGUGUUCCUGUUGUUUGGACCCUGCUUGGCAUGAAGAAGGAAGCUCAGUUUCCAGCCCCUUGGAUUGGUGAAAAUCAGAGGAUUCUGGAAAGGCAGCCAACAGGCCCCUCUUAGAUGGAUCAGAGGCAAGAUGAGAUAGCAGCCUGCAGAGUAAAAGCUUAAAAAAAAAGGGAGGUGAUUUUCAAUAGUCUGCUCAAGUCACUGUUUUCUAGAUCCCAAAAUAGCUGUUUGAAACUUUAAAUUGCUUGGGUAGCAAUGUGCACUUUAAACAAUUUGGGUAUUAGAAUGCAGUCUGUUCUAGUGAAUGAUUUGAGUGGAAGCCACUGAUGAAGAUUUGACAAAUUGUGUGAAGCAGAUUUCCCAUUUGGCAAUCACUUACUGAUUUGCAGUGAUCAAUAUUUUAAUGAGAAUUUAAGCUUACCAAGAAUGGCCCUGGAGAGUGAGCCUCCACUCAGACCCAUCUCACUCUUGUGGUUCAGGUGGUCCAGGAGCCCAGGACAGGCUUUCUCAGUGGGCUCCAGCCAGACAGGGCUACCUGGUGAGAGCAGGGCCUCCCUCUAGUGGCCAUUGCAGUUGGUAGUUGUUAAUGCAGAGCAAGUUCCGUCUUGGACUUAAAUUGACUGAAGACUUAAAUUGACUUGGGGGGAAAAGAAGAAUAAAUGCAUAUAAUCAAAUGGUGGGGCACUCUGUCCAGGAGAAUAAUCCGACUGGCAUUUGUGGCAGUUUUUGAAAUGUAAAUGUAUUCAUGUGUGUUCUUGUAAAUACAUGUCUCUCAGAUGUCCUUUGAAGUGGGAGGGAAUCAAUCUGGGGAUUAUUUCAAAUGGAAGAGUAUUUUGAUAUUGUUCAUUCAGAGGGUGAUGUGUACAUAUCUAUAUUGUAUAUAUGUGAUGAAAAUGCAUUGGCUUUUUGUGCAAACACAAUCUCUCUGUACUGCUGUUGGACAGUCAGUGUUUUAAUGUUUCUACGGUUUUGCUAUUGCACGAUUUCAUAUUUUGCCUCUAUGAUGAACGGCACCCAUUCUUUGUAACUGUUUAGUGCUGUAAAGAAAUAUUCCAAGUGUCAUUAGGAUUGUUGCUGCCAGAACUGAUAUGCAUGAAUGGCACUUAAAAUAAAUAUAUUAUGUUAACUCUA